AUGGAGAACGCAAGUCCCUGGGACAUACAGGGAAUAUCAGCCAACACUCAAGCCCAACAGAUCUUUUCGUCGUCGUCGCGACCGGAUCUUGCCUCUGAGAAUAAGCUCAAGAAGCAAACACAACCCCGCCAACUCCUGAGUUGCACCAAAUGUCGGGAACGCAAAGUAAAAUGCGACCGCACAAAGCCAUGCUCUGCUUGUUGUGCCAGAGGCCUGCCGAAAGAUUGCCACUUUGUUCUUGGAGAGGGCGCUGAAUUUGGGCCAAUACAGCAAUCAAUCGAACUCCGAAGAUUGAGAGCUGAGAAUCAGAGGCUUAAGGAGCGUCUUUUGGCAGGCAGAACUUCGCUCUCCGAGGAGAGUGAAACGGAGGAAGGCUCGUCGUACGAGAAGACAAUCACUGGGCGACGGUCGAGUCGUCAGCGGCGAUUUCGUGCCGACGACCAAACUGACAGCAUCUACUUUGGAUCCCCAGCACUGGCAAGUGUAAUGACUGACUUUGCCAAUUUGCAGAUGGAUCCAAAAUCGCUAUCGCAUGCCAUGCCUCGAGCAUCAGACAUGUAUGCAACCCAAGACGCCAUGUAUCCGUUUCCAACGCUAUGGCCUGCCAUGUCUCGUACUCAAGGCUUGUUACAAUGCCUGCCCUCACACGACAAACUCUUCCUCUACCUAGAGUCUUUUAGCAAAAAAGCCCAAGGGUUCGCCUUUCCUUACGUACCUGAAGAACUAACACAACGAGAAGUCGAAAAAUUUCUCGAAAACAUUGAAGAGAAUGCAGAAAGGGUCCCGGAUCUACUCGCCCUCAUGUUCGCCGCUCUAGCUCUUGGAGUGCAACUCGAAACGUUCGACGGUCAACAAGUGGUGCAGACAAGUGACUCUCAGAACAACGGUCGUAAGGGCGAGAUAUUCUCUGUGGCUGCAAUGCAGGCUCUCCGCUUAGCGUCCUUUACUAGUCGUCCUACCCUGAGAGGCAUCCAAGCAAUGACCAUGCUCGCUCCUUACCUCACGAAUACUGGACGAUUCCUCGAUGCCUGGUCUAUGUCAGGUCUGACGAUUCGUCUAGCUCAUUCCAUUGGCUUGCAUCGUAACCCUCGCUUUCUCGAUCCAACGCCUUCGCUUCGAGAGUCCACAGUACGCAAGGAACUCUGGUGGUGGUUAUUACAUAUGGACCAGGAGUACUCCAUGAUUCUGGGUCGACCUCUGGGCAUCUCUGGUAUUGGAGAUUGUCCUCCUCCUGAGCCCCUGACAACGGAUCCAGUAGCGUUACGUUUGAGUGAGUUUUUUGACCAGCUCACGAUACACGGUCGACAAAUACUGAGCAGCAACCAACUCUCUGACUCGAAGAUUGACAUGUACACGGAUCGUCUAAUUUCACUGUGGGACACAAUGCCAGAUUCUCUCCAAUUCAACAAAUCAUGGAUAAAAGAAGAAACAGAAUUGCCAGACUGGCCAAUGGAGACGAGGGCAGCAAUAUCUUACUGUAGUAUACACAACUACAUCAUCCUCCUGAACCGACAACGCAUCGAGAACAAUCGGAGUGUUCCUGAGUAUCGUCCACGAUCACCGAGAUCGCGUCAAUUCAGCGCUGUUCCCGAAUUCUUUCUCCAAACCACAUCGCACACUUCUUCACCAUCUCCUACGAUACCAAGAGGUAGACCGCUGGUUAUAGACUCUUGUCUAGCGUUAUUGGACGCCUUUCUGUUUUUCUACAAGCGCGUCCCGUCGGCACUCGUUGACUGGACCAUUGGCCAACAAGCUUUCAAUGCCUGCAUGAUACUAUUGCUUGAUGGUAUCGACAGCGAUAGCAUUGCAAAUAUCGGAAGAGUGGAAACAGCAUACAGCAUAUUCGUCGAAAUGGACAAGGCCGGGAUGCACCAACUUACUGGACUAGCCACAUCCCGCAUAGCUCAAGGUCUCGACCAGCUGAAACAGGCAUUCGAGGCACAUAAGAUGUCGAUCAAUACGGAGGCCAUCUCCCCUAUGAAUUUGCAGCACAGUCACAACGGAACUCCCGAGAAUCCUUUUGACAGGAGCAUGGAUCAAAGGCUCCGUUCCCACGGCUUCUCGCAGGAUUCCGUGAUGGGAGCAACAGGAAUGUUCCUGCUUGAGGAUCAUGGUCUUCAGACCAAUUUGGUUCGAACAGAAGCGUCUGGGUCGCUGAACGGCGCAUCUGCUCCAAAAGUCACAGUUGCGCCUGCUCCGGAUCAACAAAGCUUCGGUGGAAACUUGAUGCAACGCACGACCUUACUGGAGCCGCGACGAGACUCGGCACAUCCAUUGGGAUCUGUACCUGCUCACCUCCAUCCUUCAAUACCAGUGAUACUUCUACACCAUCAUCCCAUGCACGUCCAGUACUUAUCUGGCCUGCAGCCCAUGCCGACUUGGAACCAUGCCGGGAGCUGGCAACAACACAAUACCCAACAACAGCAACAAAGGACAUUCGCGCAGCCAUCGGCACAAGGAGGACACCACGGACAAAUAAACCAGCAGGAACAACAUCGUCAUCAAUAG